CGUCGCCGGGGCGACAAAGAGAAAGAGAAAGGAAGGGGCGGAGUAUAAAAGGACCCGCCGCGAGCUGAUCAGCUACAUCAGUCCCCACAGGGCAGCAGUGAUCCGUACGCCAACCACCCAGCCAGCAACCACCAACCAUGAAGGCCGCUCUCGUGAUCCUUUUCGCCGUCGCCGUGUGCGCCCAGGCUGUUGAGAACAAGGAGGCGACGGCAGAAAAGAAGCAAGAGAAGAGGGGACUGCUUGGUCUGGGAUACGGUGGCUACGCAGCUGCUCCGGCCUACGCAUACGGCGCUCACUCGAUUGGCUACGCCGCCCCUGCCGUCAGCUACGCCGCCCCCUCAGUGAGCUACGCUGCCCCCUCCGUCAGCUACGCCGCCCCCGCCGUCAGCUACGCAGCCGCCGCACCUGCCUACACCGCCUACACGGCCGCCGCCCCCGCAGUUAGCUACGCUGCACCCGCCGUCAGCUACGCCGCCCCCGCCGUCUCCUACGCGGCCCCCGCCAUCGCAAGAGUAGCCGCCGCCCCCGCUGUGUCCUACGCAGCUGCCCCCGCUGUUUCCUACCAUGCUGCUGCCCCCGCCAUCUCUUAUGCGGCACCUUCCUACUCCUAUGCUAGUUCUCACGCCUCACAGCAGGCUCGAAAUAAAGUUUAUCCAUGGCUGGAAGACACAUUGAGUGUAACAUGCAAAAUAGAGAUGUCUAGAAAUGGUGCUAAUGGCACAAUGUUCGGCUCGCCAACGCUAAUAAAAAUGUUUAGUGGGGGCGUGAGUGAGGCGGCUGGCUCACCAUUCCGGUGGAACCAGUCGCUGCGGCCGCCAGCGUCCGGUAUAAAAGGACCCAGCUCGGCUCCAGACGGCACCACUAGCUUUCAGCUGCAGAUACAGUCGCCGCACUCCCACAACCACCAACCACCAAACACCAUGAAGGCCGCUCUGGUUCUGCUGUUCGUCGCCGCUGCCUGCGCCCAGGCUGUGGACAACAAGGAGGCCGCUCCUGAGAAGAAGCAGGAGAAGAGAGGCCUGCUGGGUCUGGGAUACGGCGCCGCCGUCGCUGCACCCGCUGCCGUGAGCUACGCUGCCCCCGCCAUCAGCUACGCCGCCCCCGCCGUGAGCUACGCCGCCCCCGCUAUCGCCGCCGCCCCUGCUAUCAGCUACGCCGCUCCCGCGUAUGCCGCCGCCCCCGCCGUCAGCUACGCUGCCCCUGCCAUCGCUGCUGCCCCCGCCAUCAGCUACGCCGCCCCCGCGGUGAGCUACGCCGCCCCUGCUCUGAGCUACGCUAGGUACGCCCCCGCUCUGAGCUACGCCGCUGCCCCCGCCAUCUCGUACGCCGCCCCCGCCAUCGCCAAAUACGCUCUCCACUAAGCGGCGACUGAAGAUGACCACCACUUCACUGGCAGAAAGCUACUACGUCCACGUGCACCACCACGACCAGAGGAAGCGCAUUACGUCAGUUUUCGCAGCAACUUCAUCAACACACUGUAGCGGCAGUGCAGCGAACACUAACCAUUCAGAAUGAAUAAAUAUAUAACUUAAACAAA